AUGGCUCCAGAAAACUUCAUCCUCUCCACCUGCACUCCCGCCGACAUUCCCGCCAUGGUAGAAUUAAAUCUCUCCGCCUUCGCCAACGACCCUCUCAGCAAUAUCACCAUGCCCCGCGAGAUGAUCGGGGAGGCCGAAUUACGCCGCUGGAUGUCUCAAUUCAUCGCCUCCUUCUUCGAGAAGCCCGAAGUACACUUCUUCAAAAUCACAGAAACGCACACCGGCAGUCUGGCAGCUUGGAUGCGUUGCGCCUUCCCCCAUGUGCUGAGUGAAGAGGAGAGUGAGAAGCGGAAGGCGGAGAAGGAGCAGAAGGUGAAGGAUAAGAGCUUUUGGCCGAAAGGGGCGAAUCUCGAUGUUAUAAAUGUGAAGUUUGGGACGUUGGGGCAGUUGAAGGAAUAUUAUUGUAACGAUUCUGAGACCUAUUAUGUGCAACUGCUAGCCACGGAUCCUGCGUAUCAGAGGAGAGGGCUGGCGAGUAAGUUGUUGAAGCAAGUUCUCCAGAUCGCCGAUAGGGGAGGGAAGAUGUCCUACAUUGAAGCAACCGAAGCAGGUUUUCCCGUAUAUCAAAAAUUGCUGUUUAAGCAGGUUGAUAUUGUUGAAGUCGAUUUAUCAAGAUGGGGUGGGAAGGGUACAACGUCAAACAGGAUCAUGCAGAGAGAGCCGCAGCCGAUACUAUAG